AUGUCUACUUCACCCCAGCAAGAGGAAGUACACGAUAAAUCUCAGGAAGAUUUCGAAGAGGAACAGCAAGUCGAAGAGACUGAGGGCGCGGCAGACGCUAGCGAUGCUCCUCCUCCCAAAAGGGGACGUGGCCGUCCGAAAGGAAGCAAGAACAAGAAGUCGGGGGGAACGUCUGCCACCGCAGCAACAGCAGAGGCUGGUGCUAAGAGGAAACGCGGCCGACCUCCGAAGGAGAAGAAAGAGGAAGUUGCUGAUGGCGAACCGGCCACCAAACGCAGGCGCGGUCGCCCGCCUAAGGCAAAAUCGGAAGCAGUACCCGACACAGUCUCAGAGCCUGCACCUGAUACUGCUGGAGAAUCAGGUACAAAGAAAAAGCGGGGCCGGCCACCGAAGAAGACCUGA